AUGCGCUUCGACCGCCUGCGCACGCGCAGCACGAGCGCGCGCCCCACGCCGAAACCCGCCGACACGGACGCGCGUCCCCGUCGCUGCCACAGCGUCAUGCCGCGCGCUCCCGAUCCCGCCGUUCCCCGUGCUCCAGGUCCAUCCCCCGCGUCAUCCGCGUCGUCUGCCUUGUUACUUCAGACCCACUCGGACACCAUCCACUUGCCGCCACUCGACGACCUCUUUCCACGCGCGGAGCUCGAGCCCCGGAUGAAGAAGAAGCUCGUCCGAGUCGCGAACGAGACGUCCAAUGCGCUGAUCAAAGACACGCUCGCAGCUCAUGACGAACCCGGAGCAGUGCUCUGGCGUCCGGCCCAGCGCCUCGGCGGCGCCCCGAGCGGCAUCCACGUCCUCCGUGGCACCGCUCGAGACGUGGACAAGGCGCGCGAAGCCACGCGCGUCCGGGCUGUCAGUGACCACGUGCACGCGAGCAUUGAGGAGUUUGCGCUGCUGUUUAAACUCGACUCGAGUCGCGAAGCAGCCGACCAUUUGCUGCUGUUUAAUGCCGACUUGGUCCAGCACGCGACGCUGUUUACACUUGUGGCUCCGUCGGGGCAACAGCCGCGACGCUACGUUGGUGUCAAGUGGGCGCUCGUGGCGUCGCCGUCGCGGUUUUUCCGGAAACGGGAUUUCUGCUACUUGGAGUGUCAAAAAGAGUUUAUCGAUGCGAAAGGACGACGCGGGUGGGUCCGGUCGCUCCAUUCGUUGAAGCUCCCGUGCUGUCCGCCACUGGAGAAGAAGUACGGGAUCGUUCGAGCAAGUAUCUAUCGAUCGGGACUCACGGCUGUGGAAACGGAUGAACCUGGUGUGCUUAGCGUCACGUACACGGUCGAGCUGGACUUGAAAGGACGCAUGGCGUUGGAAUUAUUGCAACCCAAGUUUCUCGCGCAGCGUGUCGCGGCGCUCGCGACAGUGGACAAGCUCUUGCAACAGCAACGACUUAGUAGCAGCCCGCUGCUGGGUGAUUUGGAUAUUCCCAAUAAAAAGCGCACGCAAGGCAGCUGUAAUUUGUGCUUUCGUGAGUUGGCGCUCUCAGGGGGACUGAAGGACACGCUGGCAGCGAUUGCUAAUCGAUCCACGAAAUCAAAGCGGUAUGUAUGUCGCAAGUGCGGGGAGGGCGUUUGUCGACGGUGCAGUGACGAUUGGUGGCUCGAUGUACCCGUUGUGGGCCGUACGAAGGUACGUAUCUGCACGGUUUGUUCCGCUGCGGCGAAACAGUCGCACAUUUCAGCGCAUGGAAUACAUGCUGGCACGUGCCCAAUCAGAGGAUCCGAGAAUGGUGAAGUGUCGCAGGUCGAGGGUGAAACACACCCGAAUUUGCUAGACUUACCGCUGCAGCACGCGAAGCGACACUCGGUGUCGUUGGUGGAGCGGCGUGAUGGUGCCGCGCCAUUCUUCGUGCAACAAGAGGAAUUGAAGCGUGAUCUCGAGUUGCGGGCUACCGAGCUAAACCGACGCGUUAAAAUCUGGGACGAGAUGCAGGUGUAUGAGCGCGAUUCUAGCUUGCAACCGGACCAGCAGCAGCGUGUACACAAACAGUUGUUGCAAGAGCAACGUAAGCGUACGACGAAAGCUCGCGAGCACAAGAAGGACCAGCUUCUCUGUCGUGUACCCCCAUCAAGUUUGUUCGGUCACGAAGAAGAGAAGGGAGAACCUGAAAUGGAAGUGGUACCUCAGCAUCAUCAGACUCGGAGCAUUUCCAAGCACGAGAGUGAGAAAUCAGAUCAACAGCAGAGUUUCGAUCAGAACCCUUCGUUUGUGUCAUCAGAGGACACCAGUUCCCAGGAAUUUAGUGAUUCAGAGGGAGAACCUGUCAUUAGGCUAACAGCUGAAGCCGGGAGCCAACUGUCGUUGAACUACCGCGACAGUAGUUUUUCAGACUACGAAGAGCACACGAUUGAUGGCUUGGGUGAGAUUCGCACCACCACGGACAUAACGCGCUGGUGGCAAGAUCAACAGUGUACGAGCGAGGCUAAUGAACAGGAACAGCUCCGGCCGCGAGCAGAUCUAUCACCGGUCUCGUCGUUAAGAAACGAUACACGAGAUGCCAGUGACAAUGAUGACGGGAAAGAAGGAGAAUGUAAAAUGCGCCAAGUACAACAGCAGCCAUUACGAACGGUAUCAUCUGAGGAGCAGGAAAUGGUUAAUGCGUUUAUCGACCGGAAACGAGAGUCGAAGAACGAAAUCCAGCAUCAGCGACACAAGUACGACCCUCAGCAGCGACAGCAACUGGAGGGAGUUUGA